AUGCCCAAGCUCGAAGAAUGGGAGAUUAAAAAGUACUGGCAGAUCUUCAGCGGUCUCAAGCCGGUCAACAACAAACUGAGCGGCGACAAGGUGUCUGUUGUGUUCAAGAACUCGCGCCUUGACCAGACACAGCUUGAAAAAGUGUGGGACCUGUCGGACAUCGACGUGGACGGCCAGCUGGACUUUGAAGAGUUCUGCAUAGCCAUGCGGCUCAUCUUUGACCUCGUCAACGGCAACACGUCGGAGCUGCCCAAAUCCUUGCCCGACUGGCUUAUUCCCGGCUCGAAACAGCAUCUGGUGCAGGCCAACAGGGCCGUGGCGGGAAACAGCACCGGUUUCGACAGCGACACCGAUGAGGAGCUCAUGCUGAGCUCAGACUUCGACUGGUACAUCUCGCCAUCCGAUAAGGCCCGGUACGAGGACAUCUACGCGUCAUCUGCAGACAGGUUUGGAAGAAUUACGUUCCAGUCGCUGUCGGAGCUGUACAAGACGCUCAACGGCGUUCCGGAAACAGAUAUCUCGUUUGCGUGGAACCUGGUGAACCCCAAGCAGUCGGAGACGAUCGACAAGGACCAGUGUCUGGUGUUUCUGCACAUUUUGAGCCAGAGAUCGAGCGGCAAGAGAGUGCCAAAGUCUGUGCCUCCGUCGCUGAGAGCCACGUUCAACAGAGAGACACCGAGCUACGACGUGAACGAUUACCAGGCAGAGGAGCCGCGAAAGCCUAGCAGCACAAAACAGGCUUUUGGAGAGAGCUAUUUGAGCAAGAUCACUGGCUCUUCCAGGAUCGCCAACAACAAGACAGAUUUCAGCGCAACAGACGGAACCGACUGGGAAGAGGUGAAGCUGAGACGCGAGCUAAAGGAGCUGGAAGAGCUGAUCCAAAAGGCCGAGGACGCCAAGAACAACAAGGGAUUCGACGACAAGCUGAGUCUGGCCAAAUACGAGUUUGAAAAUCUACUCAAGUACAAGGAGCAGCAGGUGGCCGAGCUGGGAACGGGCAGCGACCUGCACUCGAUCCGGGCCAACAUUGAGGUUGUGCAGAGCCAGGUGAGCCAGCUGGAGUCGUUUUUGGAGCAGAAACGGACCGAGCUGGGCGGGCUGCAGCGGGAGAUCGAGGCCCUGAGAUGA